GUAAGAAAGACAUCUCCUCCUACAUCCCAGUAUCAACAGUUGUUAACAGGUAUUUGAAGAAAUUUUUGGUAAAUUUCAGUUGUAAGAGGUAACACGUCUAAGCGAGAGCGAGCGUCAGCUUGGAAGUCGCAUUCUAAGCAGUAAGCAGCCUAGACUUUAUGCGCACGCGACGGAUUGUUCUGGUUCUUCACAUUUAGACGGAAGAAGGGAGAGAAGGAGGGCCUAUCAUGAACAGAAAAGGUUUAGCCAUUUUGAUGAGAACCAGAAUGAGACUUACUGACCCAAACAAACUCUCAGUCUCUCCUAAUGAAGCUAGUCGUGUCCAAUCUGAUACCGGACACUCCGAAUCUGAUGAAAAUUUUGUGCGAGUUGCUUCGGAGGGAUAUGUUCAGAAGAUCAAUUCACCAAGCAAUUCAGAGAGAGAUUUCAAUGUUGUCCGGGAGUCGAUGCAUGCAGCCAUUUCUAUGAAUAAAACAGAAGUCAUGGAUGCAAUUCUUAAUAAUUUCUCCGAGGGCUACCAUAGUCUUUCUCAUGAUAAUCGCCGGAAAUUGCUAAUUGCACUCGCUAGAGACUAUGAUGUUAAUAGGAAACAAGUUCGCGAACUUAUUCAGCAAUAUCUAGGUCUCGAAUUUCCUGGGGGCGACAAGUCUCAACCAACUACCUUUGAUGAAGGAGGCUUGCUAGCUGCUCUUUAUAGGACUGAGCGUAAUCUGAGACAUGCUCUCAAGCCAAUGUACCAAAUUCUGUUUGAACGGCUCAACACACACCCUGGAGGGUUGAAAUUCUUGUCUAUUCUACGUGCUGAUAUCCUCUCUAUGCUUGCGGAAGAAAAUAUUGCAUCUUUGAGGGCAUUAGACUCAUAUUUAAAGGAAAAGCUUGUUACAUGGCUUAGCCCUGCUACUUUAGAGCUUCAUCGUAUUACAUGGGAUGAUCCAGCUUCCUUGCUAGAGAAGAUUGUUGCUUAUGAAGCUGUGCAUCCAAUCAACAGUCUUAUUGAUCUCAAGAGAAGAUUAGGAAUUGGCCGCCGCUGUUUUGGGUAUCUGCAUCCCUCUAUACCUGGUGAACCCCUUAUUUUUAUUGAAGUUGCACUUCUGAAGAAUGUGGCUCAAAACAUACAGGAAGUGUUGUGGGAUCAUCCUCCCAUACCAGAAUCUGAAGCAACAUGUGCAUUAUUCUACUCUAUAUCAUCAACUCAGUCAGGCCUAGUGGGAAUCAACCUUGGGAAGUUUCUUAUUAAACGUGUGAUUGAGCUGGUGAAAAAAGACAUGCCACAUGUUUCUACAUUUGCAACACUUAGCCCAAUCCGAGGAUACAUGAAAUGGCUUCUAUUCAAGUUGGGAUCUCAAUCAAAGCUUGCUGAAGCAGAGAAAGAAGGCAUCUCAUGUUCAUUGGAGAGGUCAUCAAGUUCUACAUUCCGGGAGAAUAUACUUCAACCAGAAGAAGAAAAAGCAUUGUUGGAAUCAUCUGUGGAAUUUACUUCUGGGGAAAAUGGCAUGGAAAUGAUGUUGAACUUGUUAACUUCAAAAAACUAUGAAUGGACCAAGUCUGAUAGAUUGUUAUCAGUAUUACAAGCCCCUCUAAUGAGAUUGUGUGCCAGGUACCUUAUUCAAGAAAAAAAAAGAGGGAAGGCACUAGAUUCUGUUGCAAAUUUUCACUUGCAGAAUGGAGCGGUGAUUGAAAGAAUAAAUUGGAUGGCAGAUCGAUCAGAGAAAGGCCUUUCUCAAAGUGGAGGUAUUAUGGUAAAUUAUAUAUAUAGGCUAGACAAAAUUGAGGAGAAUGCUCAGUCAUAUUUUGCCACAGGGAGUAUCCAGGCUUCAUCUGAUCUUCGCCGUUAUCUUCAGCCAGAGAAGGAACAUGAAGAGAAAACAACAUAGUAGGAGUGUAGAGAGAAUUCAGCGAUUAUUUUAGUUAGAUUUGACAUUGGUGAAUGGGCUAUAAGCUAUAUAUGUAUAUAUUAACGAUGAGAAUUAAAUAUAUAUAUAUAUAUAUAUAUAUAUUAUAUAUAUAUGUGGUUGGCUUAUGAAAUUUUCAAUAGACUAAAAUACUCCAUCUCUAACGUUUGAAUCAGAGGCGCAAAGGUAAAUAUGUAAUUUUGUUUUCUCAUUUAUUGCUUAUUACAAAAAAAAAGCUUUCCUGCACCUCUAGGUCAAUGAGAAAUCCCGUUCUCUACUUGCGUAUGGAUCCUAACAAAAUCAUCCCCACCUCCCCCAUUUCGUUUGUAUCUUUCUUUUGCAGCCAGAGAAGGAACAUGAAGAGAAAACAACAUAGUAGGAGUGUAGAGAGAAUUCAGCAAUUAUUUCAGUUAGAUUUGACAUUGGUGAAUGGGCUAUAAGGUAUAUGU